UUAAUGUUACCUUUUGCAAAAUAACGGUGCACGAGCUCGUAGAACAGGAGAAUGUUAGAGCUUCGGUCUGAUUCUAAUUGAGGGUAACGUGCACUUUAUCGAAUCAAUGAGCGUCCCUCAAACGUUUAAAGAAUUAUCUUGCAUUUAAGGAAGAUAAUCGGAGACAAUUACUCGAAAACUAUAUAAGUCAUGCGAUUACGUAAUUUACAUAUGUUCUCUCCAUUCUCAUAAUAAUUGAGUGUUUAAAACAGUUUCCUAUAGUUAUCACAAGUAGUAUAUUUCUUCUUCAAUGAUGAAGGAAUUUCUUUCCCCUUCUUUGCAGAGGAACUUGUCGCUACGUAAUCUUAUGCAGAAUGUUUUAUUCAAAGGUAUUUAAUUUUUUAACAGUUAUCUCGAAUCGAAUGUAUGUUCUUACUGUGUUUGAUUCAGGGCAGAGAGAAACGAUUUUGUGGCUUAUUUGAAAGUAAAAUGUUUAGCAUUACAGAACGCAACAAUUGUAUAUACAUUGUUAAUGGUCUUAAUAUUGAAAAGCACGUUGCGUUGAAUUCCUCGUGAAUUUACUCGUCUACGUUAAUUUGAAAAAUCAUUACGCUUUUUUAAAUAUGAAAAUUCUUUUAUUAAAAGAUUCAUUAUAUCCGAAAAAUUCAAAUGUACGAUGAUAAUCUUUCAUUAUAAAAAUGAAAUUUUCGAAGCACCUCGUAAUACGACCGUUGUUUCCACAUAAAAUGAUAUUGAUGGUUUUAUGCAAACAUAUCCUGAAGUUUUUUUUCAUUUUACUCCCAGCUAUUCGCAUUCCCCGUUCGAGUACGUUAUGAAAAUAUUUUUAUGGAUAAAUCGAACGUAACAUUCUUUUAUGUUACUCGUAUUUCUGUUGAAUGUGUUCCGAAUGGAACCAAUUAUCAAAGAUAAAUUAAAAAUUUAAUUAAUAUAUGUAUAUUAAAAUUAACGAUAGGAGGCAAUGAUUAUAUUGUGAAAAUGAACUUUGCCCGCCCGCUAAUCGUUCUUCUCGUUGUAUUUUCUGUUUCAAGCCAAUCAAAUUAGCGUAGUUAUUACCUAAACUUUUACACCGAAUACGUUUUAUGCCAUGUUAAAAAAUGAAAUAAAUGAAUUUUUCGUACGAGUCGCGAGAUAAAUUUUCAUCAUACAGAAAUUCACUUAUUGUUAGUAAAAUGUUUCAUCACGUAAAACAUGUUUACUUGUUGUUUUAAUUUCAGCUAUAUCGUACAAAAGUCCGGGAACUUUCAUUGUAAUUGAAAAUUAUUAAAAACAUUGAAAGAUCGAUUGUAACAUUGAACUGGAAAAGAAUAGAAAUAAAAGUAUCGCGCAAAUCAGCGAAUGACUCUAGGCAUCAAUAUUCCUAUGCGAGAGAAAUUAUUGUAUAGCCAUGCAGAUUAGUAUCGUAUUUUCUUUCAUAGAAUAAUACCUUGUUAAAUCGAUAACAGAUGAUAACGGAACCAAGUGCCUUGUCAUGCGACACGAUGCUGUCACAUUAUCUUGAUAUUGUCUCUUGAUAUUGAAUAUCUGCAUCUGUAAUUUCCUCGAUUCGCCUACUUGAAGAUAAAUAGUAAACAUUUCAAGUUCUAUCAUUGGGAAUCAAUGUAAUAUUAUCAAGUGUGUAAUUUUAUCACUAUUAUUUGAUAGUAUCUAAUCAAUUAAUAAUUACUCAAUAGUUAUCAAGCAAAAUCUUUUCACAAUCUCAACGAUUAAUACACUAGGAAAAUUACAAGAGUUUUGCAAGAGUUUCAGCAAGAGAUAUAGAUAAAGCAAGCUCGUUCGUUCUUUAACCACUUUUGAGCAAUGUCCAUUUGAUUUUCAGCAUAACUGCUCACGUAUGUAGCACGUGUUCCCUUACACGCGAUGCUCGUGAUUUGUUCGUCCUUUUAUUAAGAGGAAGACACCGGGACCGAGAUGGCGCAGGAUAUCCCGGAGGCGACGUACGUACCGGAAGUGGAGGAGGAUGCGAGAAAGGAACGAGAACGGCGGGCUGUUGAAGAGGGAACGGCCUCGUGGAGACGACGAAAGGAGGAGUUGCAACGUCAAAAGCACCGUGAACAGCGAGAACUCCAGCAAAUCUUGGAGAACUAUUCGCCUUGGGGUAAACCAGGUGGCGGUGCUCCUUGUGCCGCAACCCUUAGAAAGAAAAACGUUCCUCUAGAACCUCCGGAAUUAUCAAAAUGUCAUAAUUUCAACCAGGGCUGGACGAGCAAUUCGACCAUCGAAAGGCUACACAGAAGGAGUAUUAAUCCUUUGCCCGUCACGAAUAUGAACAAGUUCUUUGAUGAUAAAGCAGAACCAGGUAUCGCUACGGAUAUGCAGCUGAUACAGGAUUCAAAAAAUCCCUACAACGAGGAAGUUCAGGUGUACGAAUUGACCGGGGGUGUGGAAUUGGUCCCGCUUUUAACUAGCAGACGAUAUUGCUCGCAAACGCAAUCGCAAAACAAUCGUCACGUUGCCACCGAUGCCACUCGACCUGGACACACGAUAGACCCAUUGCGAUCGUUGGAGGUUGAGAAUCGCGAAUACAUCGCUGAACUCGCCGAGCAAGUGCAACGAAAACGAGAGAAGGCAUUGGAGGAACAAAAGAUUGAGUUGGAAAGCUGUCGAAGACAUUUCGAUACCUGGAGAAAGUUGUGGGGUCGGCCGGGUCACGGUGCACCCAUAGAUCACGCCCAUCGUAACAAUCUCUACAACAUUCUCUACCAUCCAGCUAUCUAUUGAAUUUCUACUUGCUGCACUGUGCAAAAUCAGAACUGUAUCUUCCACUUUCUUUUCGUGCAAUGGAGGAACUUGUACGAAAUCUCUUUAUGUUACGAGAAGAAUUGCUACAGGGCGAGCAACUAUAAAAGAUAAUAGGUUCGCGAUUCUACAAUACAAUACGACGAUAUAACGACGGAGUUGCAGGUUUCCUAGGAGAAUAGAUCUAGGAAGAAUGGAAUUUAGUAAGUCUUCGAGUUGAUAGAGAAAUGAUGGGUUGUUAUGAAAUAGUUUGAAGCUGUUUGCAGUGAAACAAGAAGAGAAUGAAUCGAAAGUUGUGGAUCAGAAGCGUUCAGCGUAACACGAUGUAACUUAAUAGGUGGAAGUAUGGAAAUGAUGAUAAUGUGUAUGAUAAUACGCGAAGCAGUGUAUGCUGCGAAAUUAA